AUGGUCGGCUGGCUUGAUGCCGUCGACAGACAGGCAGUCUCGGACCUCUCGGGAACCUUUUCGUUCGUCAUCUGGCUGUUUGCGCAGUCGCCCCAACUCUACGAAAAUUAUCGGCGUGGCUCCGUCGAUGGACUCUCUCCCGUCUUUCUUACACAAUGGAUGCUCGGCGAUGCAACCAAUCUGAUCGGCUGUGUUCUCACGCAGCAGCUGCCCUUUCAAAUCGCUGUCGCAACAUAUUUCUGCUGCAUCGACGUUUGCAUCAUGGCCCAGUUUGUCUAUUAUUGGACAAAGGCACGCAAACAGAGAGCACGUCGUAUGAAGAACAGAUCACGGCAGCGUUCCGGCAGUCUCACAUCGCCCUAUCCACCCAAUCCAUACUCGGUCCUGUCCGAGACGAGCGAGCUGCUCGCAGGCAGACCAAGCCGUCACAACUCUUACCUGCGCAGCUCGAGUAAACGCCGCAACCUUUCUCAUUCUCAACAGCUCGCGCACCCGCACCGGCAUAAUCUACAUUCGGUGCAUCUACACGACGAUCCACAUGCACCUCUUAUACCCCAUGCAGCCACAGACAAGCCAGCCGAUGCACCGCACACCGAUCGUCACCCGCAGAGGCCGAACUACAAAUCUUCACGAUCGAGGUCGCGCCAUCCCCCUUUAAGCAGGAACGGCUCAACCGACACUGUCGCUGGGGUGGGUAGCGGGCCAGUCGCUAAUUACCGCGCUCUCUCUGAUGCUGCCAUGUCGGUAGCACAACUGGCUCAGGAAGCCGCGAGACGGCGCGAGGCCAUGCUGCAUCAUUCGCACGCCGCUGAUGAUGACUACUUUUCGCAUCGCAGACCUCGCUCCCAACGCAGCAAGUCGCGAGCGUCGUCGUCGCCCAAUCAUUCCCAGCCGCCAUCUGGAUCGCGCUCCAGAGUCAACAGCAACGACUACAUCGGACCGGACGCGAUUCGAAGCGAUUUGGCAGCAUUCACACGGUCAAAGACCCCGGCGGGGGAAGCGCCGUCAUCGACUUCCCGCAGAGCUCGAGCUGCUCGGUCGAUGAGCUCUCGCAACAAAGGCGUUGCAGGCAGUGUCGACUUUGUCAGGUCUGCCCUCAGUCCCACGCGGGAGACCAGGGAUGCCGACGACACCGACGCAGUAGUUCGAGCCCAAUUAGGAGAUGACCCAGAGACGGAGGCUGAGUCGGUGUCUGAAGCCGAAUCUGGUUUCAGAGAUGGAGCCGCAGAUGCCUUGGCCGAUAGUAUUUCCAGCUUGGCGACGGCCAGCACCGAGUCGAGCGUCGACAGUGUCUCUGUUGAGCCUCGAGGUCGAGACAUGGUUCGCAUGGCUAAUCGUGUCGACACUGCCCCUGCUUCAGGUGCUGUGACCCCGCUCUUGUCGUCGGCAGACCUUGCUCGAGAUGUGACAUCUUCAACGUGUUCAACCAACUCCUCGACCGAUGGUACGGCCAGGCAUGCUUCGCCCCACCCUGUGUCGGGGGAGGAUACAGAUCGGCUGUCGAUGUCACACGAUCAGCUCGGUAGGCAGGCUAGUGAGGAUAACAAGAGGGUCGCGGACAGCACCCUGGGAUCGAGUCGGCUACCUGCAGAAAAGAAGGGAAGGAAAAGGCGCACACAUGACUCGACGCGAGAAUCAUCACCAGCAGCGUCACCUGCUGCUAUGCAUCGGUCUGUCGACGCACUGGCGAGCUCCUCGAGCGCGCUGAAAGACGGCAGCAGGAAGCGGACCAUGACGCGCAGUCUGUCGACGCGAUCACAUUCCAAACGCACCGCAACGGGCACGUUGAUGGGCAUGACCUCCUCCCCAUCUCCCGGCAGCACCGCCAAGAAGCGCAGCGGCGCCAAAUCCCCCGCCUCGAUGCGUCGGACUAUCGGCAUGGUCCUCCUCGGCAUCAUGAUGGUCACCUCUCUCCCGUCCACCUCCACUGCUGCCGCCCUCCCCGCUUCCUCUUCGUCCUCCUACUCUUCUGCUACCACUCAGCCACUCCUUCUGACCUUGCUAUUCAACUCGAACGCAGCAUCCUGGCGACGUCUCGUGGGCCGAAUCAGCGCAUGGCUCUGCGCGCUGCUCUACAUCACUUCGCGCAUCCCGCAGAUCUGGGAGAACUACAUCCGCCGCUCGGUCGAAGGCAUCUCCAUCCUCCUCUUCAUCGCCGCCUUCUCCGGCAACUUGCUUUACACGAUAAGCGUGCUGACCAACCCGUCAGCUACCGGUGACGGCGCGAGGAUCUACCUGCAGGAGAGCUUGCCGUUCCUGUUGGGAUCCGGAGGGACGCUCGUGUUUGAUCUCAUCAUCGUCGCGCAGUGGUUGGCGUGGAGAAAGAAGGGCGCCGUCGCACUCGCAUAG